GCCGGGAUUAGAGAUGGAAAAUAUCGAUGUUGGCGAGCCAAACAUCGAUUACCGAUGCCUUGAAAACAUCGAUCUACGCUUGCGCAUUGAACAUAUUUUAAUUACUGAAUUAAACGUAGUUAAUUGUUUAAAAAAUGCAUGAGAAGUUACAAACAAGUUAUUAAUCGUGUGAAAAUGGGCUUUUACACAAGGAAAAGUUAGCCAAUAGUCAAAUAGAGGCCUAGAAAAGUGCAACAAAAUACGCCUGCUACUUUGUGCGUGGUGUGUGUGCCAUUGAUUACAUAGUUGGCAUAGACCAACGCACAGGUGCGAGCGAGAGGGGGCAAAAAUCCGAAAAGGGGCAGCAACAGAAACCGCAUUCCAUUUCCAGAAAUCCAGGUUGCAGCUUCCAUCCAUGAGAAAGUGAGCGCCAUGCACCACCAUCAUCCGCCUUUGCCCAUAACAGGAGCAAGUGGCUCCACUGCAGCAGGAACGGGAACGGGAGCAGCUGCAGCAGAGGAUCCGCCAACGGCUGUGACCACUGGACCUGCCCAAAACACCGCAGCCACGCCCUCGGGCUCCAAUACCCAACAGCACCAGCGGCGCCGGAAGAAACGACCCAAUUACAACUACAAUGGCAUCCGCACCGUGGAAGUGCGACGUGGUUACAACGGAUUCGGCUUCACCAUCUCCGGGCAACAGCCUUGCCGGCUAUCCUGCAUCAUCAGCAGUUCGCCCGCCGAGCAAGCUGGCCUGCGAUCCGGCGACUUUCUCAUCUCCGUCAAUGGCCUUAAUGUGUCCAAGUUGCCGCACGAGACCGUCGUCCAGCUGAUAGGCAACUCCUUUGGGAGCAUACGCAUGCAAAUCGCCGAGAACUAUUACUCGGACAGCUCGGAUGAGGAGAACGCCCAUGCCACGCUGAGGGGUCAACUGCUGGCCGCCAGUUUGAGGCACAAGCCCAGGUUCCUCCAUCACAAGGCGAAGCUUCACAGACUGCGAAACUCGCCGCAGAAGAAGUUAAACCCACCAGAGGCUGUGGAACCCCAGAGUUCCAAGGCAUCCCCGGAUCACCUGACCCUGCGACCCGUACUGGAGGAUGCUCCUACACCAAAUCUGUCCAAAGCAGCGGACGUGGCCAAUGUCAGUGCCAUGGUGCGGGCCGUGGGCAGUGCCGCCUGGAGUAUCGCGUUAUUUGGCUAUCUGGGAACCAUUGAGAUGCCCAAGCAGAUUUCCCAUAGCUCCAAGCUGCAGACCGUGCGUUCUUGCAUUCGCAAGCUGCGCCAGGAGAAGCGACAGCCCACCAUUGUGCUGAUGUGCAUCACGCCGGACAGCCUAAGCCUGCAGAGCGCCGGUGGCGGAGUGCUGGCCACCUACUCCUCGGCCAGACUGAACUUUGUGAGCUCCUCGUCUGAGAGCGAGAAUCGAUUCUUCGGUCUGGUCACCAGCGCCGUGCACAACACCCAGAUCGAGGAGGAGUACGAGCCGAGUGCUGGCAACGGAGCAGCUUCUGGCCACAUCAGCAUCUCGCACAGCUGCCAUGUUUUCGUCAUCGACACCAAGCUGAUUGAGCAUGCCCAGCACUUGCAGCGCGCCCAUGAGUUCCGGCUGCAGUGCACCAGGGAUCCCAUCUCGAAUUUAUGCCUGGAGUUUCCUAACAACUCGGAGUAUGUGGUGAAUCUGGUGCGCAGCAUGUACACCAUGCGCAUCUUGCCGCCGGCCAGUCGCAGUCAUCAGGCGGACUUUGAUGUGGGUGCACCUGGCGCUGCAGGAGGAGCCGGAGUAGCUGCUCACUCGCCACAACCUUCGAACCACAGCGAAAUCUCCACCACCACCUCCAAUUCGGAUUCGGGUAUUGGCUUUAACAACGAUUGCACGAAUAUUUCGGAUCGCAUUCUGGUGGUGGAUUUUCUGGGUGCUGGAGCAGGAGCAGCACAUGCAGGGCCGCCGGCUCAUCCGGCGCCAGCUCGACCGCAGGGCAUAGUGGGAAUUCCAGAUAACCGACUGACUGUGCGAGCCAUGCCCGAUCAUGCUGCACUUCUGACAUCGCCGCCGGAGAGCUCUUUGCUUCGCCGGCCCAAUCUCCUGGCCAGCUUCAAUCUAAUCAAGAGUCCUGCCACGAACCUCACAUCUACCCUCUGUGAUGACGUACUCAAUCUUUUUGUGGACGAUUCGCCUCGUGGCUUGGGUGCAGUCGCCUCCAUGGAUGACAUCUCGCUGCACUCGGCUGCUCCUUCGUUGGAAGAGGGUCACACCUUUGCUUAUCCAUCGUGUGUGCCCCGCAAGAUGCGCAGAUCUUUAAUAUUGGAGACGCCCACAACGCCGCACAAACUCAGUGCCCGUUUUGGCCAGCCUGGUUCGCAUUCGCUGGGAUUCGAAGCCAUCGAUAGUGUACAAUCUUCUGUCAGUGAGGCAUGCAUCGAUCAACCCAUGGACUGGGCCAGCCUGCAGAACCUGCAUAAAUCUCAUAAGGAUCGGAACAGCCUUUCUACUUCUUCUCCUCCAUUGCCUUUAGAAGCUACAAACAGUGAACCAGAUUUGGGGAACCGCGCUCUGCCCGCCAAUGCCUCGCCCUUCCGCCGAGCCUGGGGACAGUCUUCCUUCCGCACACCCCGCUCCGACAAGGUGGCCAAAGAGCAGCUGCAGCAGCAGGGCCUGUCGUCGCCAGUGAGACGCACUGCCUCCAUGAACGCCUCCGACAACGACAUGUACAUUAAGACCCUGAUGCUGGACUCAGACCUGAAGUCCACACGCAGUCAGCAUCAGCUCAGCCUGCUGCAGGUGCCUAAAAUCCUGACUACGCCGGCCCCGCCCUCCGCCAUCACCGCCUCCGUUGCUGCAGAGGAUGCGGCCCAGGAGCAUGGCUGCCCCAGCAGCUGGGGUGGUUCCUUUGAGCGGAUGCUACAGGAUGCCGCCGGCAUGCAGACCUUCUCCGAGUUCCUCAAGAAGGAGUUCUCCGCGGAGAAUUACUUCUGGACCGCCUGCGAGCGAUACCGUCUGCUGGAAUCUGAGGCGGAUCGCGUGGUACAGGCCCGCGAGAUCUGGCAACAUUUGGCCAAUAGUAGCAGUGAUCCCGUCAACGUGGACUCCCAGGCACGUAGCCUCACGGGAAAGCUGGCCGGUGCCGCUCCGGACAUAUUUGCGCCGGCCCAGAAGCAGAUCUUCAACCUGAUGAAGUUCGACAGCUACCAGCGCUUCAUACGCUCGGAUAUGUACAAGAGCUGCGUGGAGGCGGAGCAGAAGAACCAGCCUCUGCCCUACAGCGGUCUGGAUCUGGACGAGCUGCUGAAGACAAAUUUUCACUUGGGUGCCUUCUCCAAGCUCAAAAAAUCGGCUAGCAACGCCGAGGAUCGGCGGCGGAAGAGUCUUCUUCCCUGGCAUCGGAAGACGCGGAGCAAGUCCCGCGAUCGAACGGAGAUAAUGGCUGACCUGCAUAAUUCGCUGAUGCCGGCGCCACCACUACCGCCACCUGCCCCGCUCACCAGUGUCCUGAAGCUCGUCUCCGGACAGAACUCCCUGAGCGACAUACACAGCUCCAGUCCCGUUGUCUCCUUUGACGCGGGUACAGCCACCGGCGCUGCCAGUGCGGAGAGCGUUUGCUCGCUGUGCCGGGUGAUCCUCACCGAUGGAGCCACCACUAUAGUGCAGACGCGAGCUGGAGAAACAGUAGGAGAACUGGUGGAACGACUGCUGGAGAAGAGGAACCUAGUGUAUCCGUACUACGACAUAGUGUUCCAGGGCAGCACCAAGUCCAUCGAUGUGCAACAGCCUUCGCAAAUGCUGGCCGGCAAGGAGGUGGUGAUAGAGCGCCGGGUGGCCUUCAAGCUGGACCUGCCCGAUCCCAAGGUGAUAUCGGUGAAGAGCAAGCCCAAGAAGCAGCUGCACGAGGUGAUCCGGCCCAUACUCAGCAAGUACAACUACAAAAUGGAGCAGGUGCAGGUGAUCAUGAGGGACACUCAGGCGCCGCUGGACCUCAAUCAACCGGUGACCAUGGCCGAUGGCCAGCGUCUGCGCAUCCUACUGCUCAAUUCGGAUUUUCAGGCAGGCGGCGGCAGUAGCAUGCCGCCGAAGCAAAGCAAACCAAUGAAGCCGCUGCCGCAGGGCCAGCUGGAUGAGCUGACGAACAAGGUGUUCAACGAGUUGCUAGCCAGCAAGGCGGAUGCGGCGGCCACCGAAAAGUCGCGGCCCGCCGAUCUGUGCUCCAUGAAGUCCAACGAGGCGCCCUCGGAAACGUCGUCGUCGCUGUUUGAACGCAUGCGGCGCCAGCAGCGCGAUGGUGGCAACAUUCCGGGCAGCAAGCUGCCCAAGCUCAAGAAGAAGUCCACUAGCAGUCAGCAAUCCGAGGAGGCGACGACGGCACAAGCGACCGCGGACCCCAAGAAGCCGAUUAUAGCCAAGCUGAAAGCUGGCGUGAAGCUGCAGGUGACGGAGCGAGUAGCCGAGCACCAAGAUGAACUACUCGAAGGCCUGAAGCGGGCACAGCUGGCACGGCUGGAGGACCAACGUGGCACCGAGAUCAACUUCGAUUUGCCCGAUUUCCUGAAGAACAAGGAGAAUCUCAGCGCAGCUGUCUCAAAGCUGCGCAAGGUGCGCGCCAGCCUGAGUCCCGUGAGCAAGGUGGCCACCACGCCCACAGAGAUUCCACAGCCGGCGCCACGUCUAUCCAUCACCCGGGGCCAACAGCCGGUGUCGCCGAUGAAGGUCGACCAGGAGCAAGAGACUGAGUUGUCUGCCGAGACGCAGGACCAAACGGAAUUUGCCAAAGCGCCGCCUCCGCUGCCUCCAAAGCCAAAGGUGCUGCCGAUCAAGCCAUCGAACUGGGGCGUGGCCGUGACCCAGCCCACGGGCAACUAUUGCAACAAGUUCUCCCCCAGCAAACAGGUGCCGACAUCACCCAAAGAAGCCACCAAGCCGGCAACGUUUGUGAGCAAAAUACCAUUGGAACUGGGGCGAAAGUCUUUGGAGGAGCCGGGCUCGCGGUGUGCUUACCUCGACGAGCCCAGCAGCAGCUUUGUGUGAUAUGGGGGUGCCCAUGGAUUUGAAAUGGCUUUACUGAUCUUGCUUGUAUAUAUAUAUGUGUGUAUGUGCACUAUUUAUUGAUACUGUAUAUCCUACUCUCUGUUAAAUUUCCACACUAUCCAUGACGAACUUUUGUAUGUUAUCUACUGAGUGAACGCCUGUAUUUAUAACUAGCAACAAUAAGCUUUAGUUUUACCACAUUUUGUAUAAAUAUACCACAAACAUGUAAUAA